ACAUAUGUAGUGUGCAGGCGACUGCAUUUUAAAAGAUUGGAUUUUCGGAACUGACUCGCACUCACAAAAAUGCUCACUCGCUUGCAAUGGUUGAAGGCGGCGCCGCGCUCGCUCAGAAUGCUGCAUGGGCAAUUGGCCAGACGAAAUAUCAAUUCGUUCACUGUCGAGGAGGUCAAGAGGCGUGCCAAGACGGAGCCCAAACUAGCUUUGCAAGGAGAUAUGCCGCAUGUCAUGGCAGACCCUAAAUACAAAUAUAGUGAGGGCAAAAUAUACCAUGGGUUCCAGUGCGAGCGCAUCGAGUAUAUUCCCGACUUUGAGCUAAUGUCGUGCACCCUGCGGCAUGUGGGCACAGGGACGGAGUUUUGGUAUAUCGAUCGUAAAGAUGCCAAUAAUGUAUUUUCAAUUAAUUUUCGGACUACCCCUUUUGACUCCACGGGCCUUCCGCAUAUUCUGGAGCAUCUUGCUUUAUGCGGUUCAAAAAACUUUCCAGUUCGUGAUCCAUUCUUUAAAAUGCUAAAUCGAUCAGUUGCCACUUUUAUGAAUGCCAUGACCGGUCCGGAUUACACCCUUUAUCCAUUUUCAACCAUGAACGAGGUGGAUUUCAGAAACCUCCAGAAGAUAUAUUUGGACGCCGUUUUUAGGCCAAAUUUGGCGUAUUUGGAUUUUCUACAAGAAGGUUGGCGCCUUGAACACAAGGAAUUAUGCAAUCGCGACUCUGAGCUUAUAAUAAAAGGAGUUGUUUAUAACGAAAUGAAAGGAGCCUUUUCAGAAAACUCUCAAGUGUUUACCCAAAAUUUGCUCAACAACAUGCUUCCCGAUCACACCUACGGCUAUGUAUCGGGCGGCAACCCACUGGAGAUCCCCAAAUUGACGCAUAAGGAUUUGGUCGAAUUCCAUCGAAAAUACUAUCAUCCAAGCAAUGCACGCAUGUUCUGCUAUGGCUCUUUUGACCUAAUGAAGACGCUUGCAUUUGUCGAUAAGGAAUACCUAAGUCAACAUAAAUGCAUAGAUAAUUCCUAUAGCCGCAUACCAAAACAGAAACCAUGGCAACAGCCACGCAAUGUGCACAUUCCCAGUAGACUGGACAGUAUGGGUGCUACUUUCGACAGACAGAAUCAGAUAGCUAUAGCCCUGCUGAUGUGUGACACAACCGACAUCCAGGAGAGUUUUGAACUAAACGUACUAUCCGAAGUAUUGAUUCGUGGCCCCAACUCGGCUUUCUACAAGAGCUUAAUAGAGCCAAAUUUCUCAGGAGGCUACAAUCAGAGUACAGGCUACUCCUCAGAUUGCAAGGAUACAUAUUUCGUCGUGGGCUUACAGGACCUAAAGGUUGAGGAUUUCAAAAAGUUUAACGAACUUUUUGAUCAGACUGUGCAUAAAACUAUCGAAGGUGGUUUUGAAACUCAGCAUGUUGAAAGUGUUCUGCACAAUUUAGAAUUAUCCCUUAAGCAUCAGAGCCCUCACUUCGGUAAUGCAUUGCUAUUUAAUUCGACGUCUUUGUGGAAUCAUGAUGGUGAUAUUGUCAGCAGUCUUCGGGUCUCGGAAAUGAUUGCCCGUUUACGGUGCAACCUUAAAGAGAAUAAAAACUAUUUCCAACAGAAAAUGGAAAAAUACUUUACAAACAACACACAUAAGCUGACUCUGACAAUGUCUCCGGACGAAUGCUAUGAAGAGAACUUCAAGAAGGCUGAAGCUGAGAUGCUAAAACAGAAAGUAAAUGCACUCGAUUCCGCAAAGUACAAAGAGAUAUAUGAGAAUGGCCUUAAACUGGAAGCUUCUCAAAAAGGUACAGAAAAUACGGAUGUCUUGCCGUGUCUAUCGCUGAACGAUGUAAAGCAACCACCAAAGAUACCAACAAUUGAAGUGCAAACUAUUCAAGACGUUCCCACGCAGCUGUGUAAGGUGCCCACCAAUGAAAUAACCUACCUUAAGUGCUUGUUCAAUAUUACAGGACUAAGUCGAGACGAGGUUGUGCUCGUACCUUUGUUCUGUAACGUAAUUAACGAUAUGGGCACCGCCAAUCAUAACUUCCGUGAAUUCGACAAACUGGUUCUUUCAAAAACUGCCGGUAUUGACAUUAAACUGAAUUUUGUCGAAAAUGUGAAGGAUGCCAAAUCGUAUCGAUUGGGCUUGAUGAUGAACACACAUGCACUUGACAAGAACGUUGCUGAUAUGUUUGCACUGUGUGAAGAAUUGCUUCUUAAUUUUAGGCUAGAUGAUACAGAUCGCCUGAAGAUGCUUAUUGAAAACUACAUUUCAAAUAUAUCAGUAGGAAUCGCAAGUUCGGGGCACUUGUACGCCAUGUUAAGCUCCGCUGCAUUGGUCAGCGAUGCUGCAAAGCUGAAAUCCCUAUUAUCGGGUGUGGAUCACAUAGAUUUCAUGAAAAAGUAUGUGCAACAGAAUAGCACGGAGCAAAUUCGCGACAAACUGAGGAAUAUUGGCUCUAAAGUCUUCAGCAAAAGCAACAUGCGCGUUGCCAUUAAUAGCUCAGAGUCGUUUCAACCAACAGCCUUGGAACACUGCGAAACCUUCCUUAAAAAUUUGCCUACGCUGGAAAACAUGAGUGCCAAGAGCGAAUUGCAUUUGUUGGAACCCAGCUUCCAACAUUUUGUUAUGAAUAUUCCUGUGAACUACUGCGCAAAAGCUUUCUUUGCGGUACCGUAUUUGCAUGAAGAUCACCCCGUGCUACGCGUAUUGGCGAAACUCGUAUCGGCCAAGUAUCUGUUGCCUGUAGUGCGUGAACAGAACGGAGCAUACGGCGCAGGUGCCAAAAUUGGAUCCGAUGGCAUAUUUUGUUUUUUUAGUUAUCGUGAUCCUCAUUCCACAAAGACCCUGGAUGCAUUCGAUAAAACCUACGAGUGGCUUAAAGCGGAAAGCAAUAAGCUGGAUCAACAAACACUAUUUGAAGCUAAAUUGGGCGUAUUGCAGCAGCUGGACUCGCCAAUCGCGCCUGGAAACAUUGGCAUAGAUUACUUCCUUUAUGGGGUCUCGCAAGAGAUGUUUAUUAAAUAUCGUUCGCGCGUGCUCUCUGUGACCGUCGACGAACUGCGAAAUGUUAUCGAAAAGUACUUUAAAAAGGAACCAAAACAUUUUGGAAAAUGUAUUUUAGGGCCGGCAAACGACAAAUUAGAGCAGGAGACCAAUUUAAAGUGGCAAAUCAUAACCUAAGUGUAUUCUACUAAAAUUCUGUCUGUAUAUACCUAUAGCCACAUUUGUUCUGUUUCUAUUUUAUAUACGUUUUCAUAUAUAAGUUUUUGUUUUUCUACCGAAAGACGUUGAUUACUUGUUAUCGAUAAUUAAAGGAAAUUGUCUUAUAACAAACAAAACCAUUUGC